AUGGCCUCCCCUUCCACGGGGCCGACUGUCGACGCCUCUGCGCCGCCGUCCAGCCGCGCUGCCGUCCUUCGGGAUGCGGUCCUGCUGCUAAUCCUUCUGGCAGCCGGCCUGGCUGUCGUGGCUCUGUCCAUCCGGGCCCUGCCGGACUUUUCCCCUACUGAGGCUGAUCAGCUCGGCAUUCAGGACCUACGAGUGCGGCUCUUCCUGAAAGACCGCUCCACCAGGCUUCUGUCAUGGCUGCCUUGGUGGGUGUCGUUUGAUUCUCUGAUGCACUUGCGCAUGCUUUCCUCCUCCGGCCGGUUGGGCCCGAUCCUGGGCCACUAUAUCGCCACCAACUACGGAAGCGUGGUCUCCGCCUACAUGGCCCUCUAUAUUUUCCUGCAAACCUUCGCCAUCCCCGGCUCGGCCGGGCUGAGUGUCAUCGGCGGGGCCCUUUUCGGCUUCUGGCCCGGGCUCCUCCUCGUGUGUCUGUGCUCGGCUCUUGGUGCCACCGGGUGUUACUUGCUGUCCAGGCUGCUGGGCCGCCAUGUGCUGUCGCGCUUCAGCGGCCCGCCCUUGACCACGGUCAUUGCUGGCACGAUUCACGAUCUCAGCGGUGGCAUGGUGUCGGCCGAUGCCUGGGACCGGUCCCUGUGGGUCGGUCUGGCGGCGGUCCUCCUGUUGCGCAUUUCGCCGGUCCCCAACUUCCUGGUGAAUGUUGCCUCCCCGCAUGCUGGCCUUCGUCUGGUGCCCUUCUUCCUGGGAACCUUCUUCGGUGUCAUCCCCCUGUCCCUUGUGCCCGUGCAGACGGGCGCGGCAGUCACCUCACCCACGCUCGCCAUUGCCCUACGGCGCUCGGGAGCUGUCCUGGCGGUGGCCCUGGUGUUUGCCCUGCUGGUGGCCUGGGUUCGGAAAGGCCCGAGGACCAGCGCCCCUCAGCCAGGCCCGGCUGUUGCAGGUUCUCCUUCAUCGGCCAUGCCAGCGGAUCAUCGCCCAAAGACCGAGUGA